CACAUUAUUGCAGCGCCAGCCGUCAUUCUCACCACCACUCUUGAUUCUAUCUCACGCCUUCCUCUAUCCUCUAAGCCAUCGUCAUCUUGUUCUUGCCUUUUUUGACCUUUCGACACGCUUUCAACCCUGUCGCUGUUCACCACCUGCCCUUGCCGCCCCCGUACCCGUCGUCUCAGUCGACCGCGCACUCCCAUUUUCUGAGCUGCGCCUCUUCAGUUCCCACAUCCAUCUCCGCGAUUGAAUCGUUUCUCACUCACUCAUGGCUUCUCCACGACCUCAAUAUCAAAAUCAGCCAUAUCUACCCAAUGGAACCGCCUCUGGUCCAGUCCCGGGAGCCCAAGCUCUUCUACCGAACAACGGCCGCAUCAUUCAGUCAGGUCCCAUUCGCGUUCUAUGCAUCGCUGAUGUCAGAGGCAAUCUGAAAUCGUUGAACGAAUUGGCCAGAACCGCCAAAGCAGACUACAUCUUGCAUACGGGUGAUUUUGGCUUCUACGAUCACACAUCGCUGGAGAGAAUAGCGGAGAAGUCAGAAUCAUUCCUUUUCCCCUCCUCUGUCUCUUAGGCUAACCUCUCAACCAGGACUCUGAAACAUGUCGCACAGUACUCACCUCUUCUGAGCGAGAGUGUCAAGCGUACGAUCGCACAGCCCAAUUCAUCUCGACCCAUCAAACAGCUCUUUCCCCAAGAGCAGCUUCCUCUCUCUGAACUACCACUUCUCUUGAACAAGCAGAUUACGCUUGAUGUUCCCGUCUACACAGUGUGGGGUGCCUGUGAAGACGUCAGGGUGCUGGAAAGAUUUCGCUCGGGCGAGUACAAAGUGGACAAUCUCAAUAUCAUUGAUGAAGUCAACUCGAGACUGCUUGACAUAGGAGGUGUCAAGCUGAGGCUACUGGGACUUGGUGGUGCGGUUGUCAUUCACAAACUCUUUGACAAUGGCGAGGGCAAGACAUACAUUGCAGGAGGACAAGGCACAAUGUGGACGACGCUUCUUCAGAUCGGUGCUCUAAUUGACACGGCCAACCGUGUCUAUGAUCCCUCAGAAACCCGCAUAUUCUUGACCCACGCCUCCCCGGCACGAGAUGGCAUUCUGAAUCAGCUCUCAGUCACCUUGAAGGCCGAUUUCUCGGUGUCUGCAGGCCUACAUUUCCGUUAUGGCAGUUCUUACAAUGAGUUUUCGGUCAAUCCUUCCCUGGAUCACUAUCGUGGCAAGUUAGCCGCGUCGAAAGCCUCCUUCCAAGAUGUCUGGGAGACGGUCAAACUUGAUGUGGAGCAAGCCAUUGAAUCAAACUCAAGCCACAAGGCACUUCUGCACAGCGCAUUGGAGAUUGUAGAGAAGAUGCCUAGCACCGCCAAUGGAGGCAAUCCGUUCGGUGGCCCAGUUGGGGGUGGUGGUGCUGCCGGCCAGGUGGACGAGAGUGCCUUCAAGAAUAUGUGGAAUUUCAACCUUGCCGACGCAGCUUUUGGCUAUCUGGUACUGGAGAUUGAUGGCGGCCGCAUUGGAACAGAGAUGCGAGCACAAGGCUUUAAUUUUGCCCACCGUGGCAAGCCGGGUCUGGCCCAGAAUAUGCCUCCAACCACUUCGGGCGUGUCCGGGUCUAUUCCUUCUGGUCCAGCACCGGUAUCAGCACCGACUGGCCCUGCUCAAAACCGGACUCCUGCUUUCCAAGCCCCCGCCCAACCGUUUCCUCAAGCACCAAAGGCUCAACCGCAACAACAGCAACAAGCACGAUCGACAGGGUCAGGACCAAACCCAGCGUCCAAGUCUGCAGGCCCUCCAACGGGAGCCUCGCCCGCACCACCCGCGACCCAAGGCAAAUCCCUGACACCACAACCAUCCUCAACGUCUGUUCCAACCGCAUCUCCAAUCCCAAACAAACCCCCUACGCCAGCCACGAACGGCUCUGGUGCGGCUGAAAAGGCUGGUGAAUCGGAUCCUGCCAAAGGGAAAGCGAAUGCACCCGCCAGCGAGCGGCGGCCCCUCGCGACUGCACUCUACGUGAGCAACGCGGAGUCGGAGCAAGGGGCACGCGAAUUGAUCGCUGAGGAGGACCGUGACAAGAUCAAGUCUGUCGUGAGACUCGGCAGCAAGUUCUUCAACUGGAAGAUACAAUUUGAGAACCACGAAAUAGCGUCUGCGGCACUGACUCGAGCGGUAGCCGAGACACACAAGCACAAGGGAGCGACUGGGCGGACACCCAAGAUUGCUUUCUUUGAAGAGAAGCCGCCAGCAUUCCAUCAACGUGACCAACCUAGUCAUGGAGGGGCUGGCACAUGGCAAAGCAGCACAAGAGGCGGCACUAACACAAUGUCUGGUGCUCCCACUCCUCGAGGAGGAUAUCAGAGUGGAGGAGCCAGUGAUAGCGAGGGCGGACGUGGCCGAGGAGGCUUCCGAGCGCGCGGGCGAGGACGAGGAGACGAUCGUGGCGGCAGGGGAGGCCGGGGAGGAGGUCGAGGCAGCUACCAGAACAAGGGUGGUGAUGGAACGUCAGAUAGCAAACCAAGCGAGGACAAGGGUGGAGAAAGCAAGCCCGCACCAGCAGCUGGAGAUUCUUAGGGAUAUGUGGCGGAGGAAGCAGCGAUUGACUUCGGGGUUAGAGAUGAUUUACCUGUACUACGGAGGCGGAGAUGGGGUGCUGCAUCAUGGGUGGCGCCAAAUGGCCUGGCGAAGUCCACAUGGUUUUCAAAACUUGGGCUGUUACUUCACGUUCCGAGAGCAGUUUGAACCACCAAAAGGACGGAUAUGGAGUCAAAGCCUUUUUCUCUAUGGUGUUGCACGGGCCAGCGAGCACUCUCCUUUUGUAGUCGAUGUAUUCUAUCACACCUGACUGAGCUAGAAAGAUACAAAAGUACCUUGAACAUAGUUCAUCCGAAUAA